GACAGAUUCCUUUGGUGAGUUGUUCAUUGCUCACAGUUAUGGCGGUGUUAGGGAGUCGAAAGGAUGGAGUACUGUCUUGAUUUUUGCUUUUCUCGUUGAUUCAGGAACUUGUCACCACUUUUAAUUUCUUAACAUUCUACGUUUUAUUCCUGCAACGAUGGCGGACCGAGGCGUGGAUAUGUUGGCACUGCCGAAAGAGGUCAAGGACCAAUUGGCGGAGUUGGAUUUGGAACUGUCCGAAGGUGAUAUCACACAGAAGGGAUAUGAGAAGAAAAGGACUAAACUUCUGCUUCCCUUCUUUAUUCAUACACCAGUGGAAGCCCCCCCCCCUGCCUAUGAUGCCCAGGCUCCUGGUCCUAGUAACGCCUCUGGCUCCACCCAUGCCAAUGCUCACACCCAGGCUCCUCCACCCAGCUCCUCUUCCCGCUAUCGUGAUCGUCGCUCUCGGCGACCGCACCGCAGCGGAGGGACCAGGGAUGACCGCUACCGAUCAGAUAUCCACACAGAGGCGGUGCAGGCUGCGUUGGCCAAACACAAGGAGGAGAAAAUGGCACUACCCAUGCCCACCAAACGCCGCUCCACCUACGUUCAGUCGCCCAUCAACAACUGCACCCCACCAGGUAGCGUAGGACUGACUCCUUCAAAUCAGCCUGACUGCUUCUAUUUCCUCAGGAACAGCCUACACUCGUCGUCAAGUUCAGAGGAUGAGGGUGCUCUGUUGAGACAGUCGUCAGUGGGUGCUGGUUUGGGGGCUCCUGCCCCUUCCUCUCUGCUGCAGCCCUCCAGUCUGCAGAGCCCUGACUCCUGGAUCAACCGCUCUGUCCAGGGCUCCUCCACAUCCUCUUCUGCUUCUUCCGCCUCCUCCACACUGUCCCAUGGAGAGAGCAAGCCUCAACCAUCCCAGACCCAAGCCCAGCCCCAGUACAAGCCACAGUACCAGCCCCAGUACCAGCCCCAAUACCAGCCACAGUACCAGCCACAGUACCAGUCACAACUACAGCCACAGUCCCAGCCACAGCAUCCAGCCAUAGCUGACAUGCUGGCUCAAGCACGCAUUGGCCUUUCAGAGAACAGUGGACCCCCCCCAGACGUGUUGGCGGCAGCCCCCCAGGCCAGGGGCUCCUCUCAUGUGGACCGGCCCAACAACCCUCCUGUGGUCCGGGGGAUGAGCCGCGGACAGAGUCGCUCCAGCAUGAUGGAGACAGCCGACGGUGUCCCGGUGAACAGCAGGGUGUCCACUAAGAUCCAGCAGCUGCUCAAUACCUUGAAGAGGCCCAAGAGGCCCCCCCUCAGUGAGUUCUUCGUGGAUGACCAGGAGGAGAUCGUAGAGGUGCCCCAGCCGGACCCCAAUACACCACGGCCAGAGGGCCGUCAGAUCAUCCCAGUGAAGGGGGAGCCCCUGGGGGUGGUCAGUAACUGGCCUCCGGCCCUCCAGGCUGCCCUGGCCCGAUGGGGAGCCACACAGGGCAAGAGCCCAGCCCUCACCGCCCUGGACAUCACUGGCAAAUCCCUGUACACAUUGACCUACGGGAAGCUGUGGAGCCGCAGUGUGAAGCUGGCCUACACCCUCCUCAACAAACUGGGACCCAAGAACGAGCAGGUCCUCAAGCCUGGGGACAGGGUGGCUCUAGUGUACCCAAACAGUGACCCUGGGAUGUUCUGGGUGGCCUUCUAUGGCUGCCUGCUGGCUGAGGUCAUCCCUGUCCCUAUAGAGGUACCUUUGUCUCGCAAGGAUGCAGGCAGUAGUCAGGUGGGCUUCCUGCUUGGCAGUUGUGGUGUAACUCUGGCUCUGACCAGUGAGAUCUGUCUGAAGGGACUCCCCAAGACGCCCACCGGAGAGAUACUACAGUUCAAAGGCUGGCCUCAGCUAAAGUGGGUAGUGACAGAUUCCAAGUACCUCACCAAACCUGGCAAGGACUGGCAGCCCCACAUCCCUACAGCUAACACUGACCCUGCAUACAUAGAGUACAAGGCAAGUAAGGAGGGCACAGUGAUGGGUGUGGCUGUGUCUAAGGUGGCCAUGUUAACCCAUUGCCAAGCACUGACCCAGGCCUGCAACUACUGUGAGGGUGAGACAUUGGUGAACGUUCUGGACUUUAAAAAGGACAUGGGCCUGUGGCAUGGAGUUCUCACGAGUGUAAUGAACAGGAUCCACACUAUCAGUGUGCCCUACGCUGUGAUGAAGGCUUGCCCUCUCUCCUGGGUUCAGAGGGUCCACAUACAUAAAGCGCGCGUUGCCUUGGUGAAGUGUCGUGACCUGCACUGGGCCAUGAUGGCACACAGGGAACAGAGGGACACCAGCCUGGCAUCACUGCGCAUGCUCAUUGUCGCUGAUGGAGCCAACCCCUGGUCGGUGUCGUCCUGCGAUGCCUUCCUCAAUGUGUUCCAGAUCCACGGGCUGAAGCCAGAGGUCAUCUGUCCCUGUGCCACCUCCCCUGAGGCCAUGACAGUGGCCAUCCGCAGGCCGGGGGUGCCGGGGACGCCUCUCCCAGCCAGGGCUAUCCUCUCCAUGGGGGGUCUGAGUCACGGGGUCAUCAGGGUCAACACAGAGGACAAAAACUCUGCCCUCACCGUGCAGGAUGUGGGUCAUGUGAUGCCUGGAGCUCUGAUGUGUAUAGUGAAGCCUGAAGGGCCUCCUCAGCUCUGUAAGACAGAUGAGAUAGGGGAGAUCGUGGUGAACUCUCGUGCAGGAGGCAACAUGUACUAUGGCCUACCAGGAGUCACCAAGAACACCUUUGAGGUGAUUCCUGUCAAUGCUCUUGGUGCUCCUAUUGGAGAGAUCCCUUUUGUGAGAUCUGGACUCCUAGGCUUCGUAGGACCCGGCAGUCUGAUAUUUGUGGUGGGGAAGAACGAAGGCCUGCUGAUGGUGAGUGGGAGGAGACACAACGCUGAUGACUUGGUGGCCACAGCACUGGCCGUGGAGCCUGUCAAGACUGUGUAUCGUGGGAGGAUUGCGGUGUUCUCUGUGACAGUGUUCUAUGAUGAGAGGAUAGUGGUUGUGGCAGAGCAGAGGCCAGAUGCCAGUGAGGAGGACAGCUUCCAGUGGAUGAGCCGAGUACUGCAGGCCAUUGACAGUAUUCACCAGGUGGGUUUGUACUGCCUCGCCCUGGUGCCUGCCAACACAUUACCCAAGACCCACCUGGGAGGGAUCCACAUCUUCGAAACCAAGCAGCACUUCCUGGACGGCAACCUGCACCCCUGUAACAUCCUCAUGUGCCCCCAUACCUGUGUCACCAACCUCCCCAAACCACGGCAGAAACAGCCAGUGGGUGUGGGUCCAGCCUCCAUCAUGGUGGGGAACCUGGUAGCAGGAAAGAGGAUAGCCCAGGCAGCAGGCAGGGAUCUGGGCAUGAUCGAGGACCAGGACCUGAUCAGGAAGCUCCGUAUGUGGCCUACUAUGAUGCACCAGUUCCUGUCCGAGGCUCUACAGUGGAGGGCACAGACUGACCCAGACCACUGUCUCUAUGUGCUGCUCAAUGCAAAGGGGGUAGCGGUAUCCACAGCAACAUGUGUGCAGCUGCAUAAGAGGGCAGAGAAGAUUGCAGCGGCGCUCACAGAAAAAGGCAGCAUCAACACCGGGGACAACGUGGUGCUGCUCUACCCUCCUGGUAUUGACCUGAUAGCCUCCUUCUAUGGCUGUCUGUACGCUGGCUGUGUUCCUGUCACUGUCAGACCUCCUCAUCCACAGAACCUGGCAGCCACACUUCCCACUGUCCGCAUGAUCAUCGACGUCAGUAAAGCUGCCUGUAUCCUUACCACUCAGAACCUCAUGAGGAUCCUACGCUCUAAAGAGGCUGCUGCCACUCUGAACAUUAAAACAUGGCCGACAAUCAUAGACACAGAUGACCUCCCUCGCCAUAGACCCCCCACAAUCUACAAGCCCCCCACGGCAGAGAUGAUCGCCUAUCUGGACUUCAGUGUGUCCACCACGGGUAUGCUCACUGGGGUCAAGAUCUCCCAUUCUGCAGUCAGUGCUCUGUGUCGCUCCAUCAAGCUACAGUGUGAGCUCUACUCCUCACGCCAAAUAGCCAUCUGCCUGGACCCUUAUUGUGGCUUGGGCUUCGUACUGUGGUGCCUCGCAAGUGUGUACUCGGGCCACCAGUCCAUCCUAAUCCCUCCUAUGGAGUUGGAGAGCUGUCUGCCCCUGUGGCUGAGCACCCUGAGCCAGUACCGCAUCAGAGACACCUUCUGCUCCUACUCUGUCAUGGAGCUCUGCACCAAGGGGAUAGGCACGCAGACAGAGAUACUCAAAGCGCGGGGGCUGAAUCUGUCAUGUGUGAGGAGCUGUGUGGUGAUAGCAGAGGAGCGUCCUCGUCUGGCCCUCACCAUGUCAUUCUCCAAGCUGUUUAAGGACCUGGGCCUCUCCCCCCGCGCUGUCAGCACAGCCUUUGGAUCCAGGGUCAACCUGGCCAUUUGCAUGCAGGGAACCACUGGACCGGACCCCUCCACUGUGUAUGUGGACAUGAAGUCCCUCCGCCAUGACAGGGUGAGGCUGGUGGAGAGAGGGGCCCCUCAGAGUCUCCCUUUGAUGGAGUCUGGAAAAAUCUUACCAGGAGUCAGGGUGAUCAUUGUGAACCCAGAGACCAGAGGACCUCUAGGAGAUUCCCAUCUAGGGGAGAUCUGGAUCAACAGCCCUCACAGUGCCAGUGGCUACUAUACCAUCUAUGGAGAGGAGAGCCUGCAGGCCGACCACUUUAACACCAAGCUGAGCUUUGGAGACCCGACGACCCUGUGGGCCAGGACUGGCUACCUGGGCUUCGUCAAGAGGACUGAACUACUGGAUGCCGCUGGGCAUCGUCAUGACGCCCUGUUUGUGGUGGGUUCCCUGGAUGAGACUCUGGAGCUUAGGGGACUGCGCUACCACCCCAUCGACAUCGAGAUAUCUGUGUCCCGGGCUCACCGCAGCAUCGCAGAGAGUGCGGUGUUCACGUGGACCAACCUACUAGUGGUGGUGGCUGAGCUGUGUGGCUCAGAGCAGGAUGCCCUGGACCUGGUGCCCCUGGUCACCAAUGUGGUGCUAGAGGAGCACCAUCUUAUCGUGGGUGUGGUGGUCAUCGUGGACCCAGGGGUCAUACCCAUCAACUCCAGGGGAGAGAAACAGCGCAUGCACCUCCGGGACUCCUUCCUGGCUGACCAACUGGACCCCAUCUACGUGGCAUAUAAUAUGUGAGAGGCCAGGUGGAUGGGCUGGGCAGAUCAUCGUAUGGUGGAAAAGAUUCCGGCUCUUGGAGUGGGGGUUGGGAAGAAAGUAGUUUGGACCAACCUGCUCCAUAGACAGAAAAUGCAUGGUACCACAAUGGGCAGUAGGAGGGGGUUGGCUGCACUUUAUUGCACUGUAUUGACACAGCCCUUUUUGGGGUGCAUGUGGUUCAAAUCUUAGGUCUUUUGCAUUCCAGGUCUGUUGGAUUUCAAGAGGCACUGUUGUGUUUUGAGAUGUACACUGUAUAUAUACACAGUACCAGUCAAAAGUUUGGACACACCUACUUUUUACAAUUUUAUACAUUGUAGAAUAAUAGUGAAGACAUCAAAACUAUGAAAUAACACAUAUGGAAUCAUGUAGUAACCCAAAAAGUGUUAAACAAACCAAAAAUAUAUUUGAGAUUUGAGAUUCUUCAAAGUAGCCACCCUUUGCCUUCAUGACAGCUUUACACACUCCUGGCAGCUUUACACACUCCUGGCAUUAUCUCAACCAGCUUCAUGAGGUUGUCACUUGGAAUGCAUUUCAAUUAACAGGUGUUGCCUUGUUAAUUUGUGGAAUUUCUUUCCUUAAUAGUGCAUUUCAGCCAGUCACUUGUGUUGUGACAAGGUAGGGAUGGUAUACAGAAGAUGGCUCUAUUUGUAAAAGACCAAGUACAUAUUAUGGCAAGAAGAGUAAGUCGCUCUGGAUAAGAGCGUCUGCUAAAUGACUUAAAUGUAAAUGUAAAUGUAAGAGCUCAAUUAAGCAAAGACAAAUGACAUUCCAUCAUUACUUUUUAAGACAUAAAGGUUAGUCAAUACGGAAAAUUGUGCAGUCGCAAAAAACGUCAAGCGCUAUGAUGAAACAGGCUCUCAUGAGUAACCGCCACAGGAAAGGAAGACCCAGAGUUAUCUCUGCUGCAGAGUAUAAGUUCAAUAGAGUUAAUUGCACCUCAGAUUUCAGCACAAAUAAAUGGUUCACAGAGUUCAAGUAACAGACACAUAUCAACAUCAACUGGAGACUGGGUGAAUCAGGACGUCAUGGUCGAAUUGCUGCAAAGAAACCACUACUAAAGGACACCAAUAAUAAGAAGAGACUUGAUUGGGCCAAGAAACACAAGCAAUGGACAUUAGACCGGUGGAAAUGUGUGCUUGGAGAUUUUUGGUUCCAACCACCAUGUCUUUGUGAGACGCAGGGCAGGUGAACGGAGGAUCUCCGCAUGCGUGGUUCCCACCGUGAACUAUGGAGGAGGAGGUGUAAUGGUGUGGGGGUGCUUUGCUGGUGACACUGAUUUAUUUACAAUUCAAAGGACACUUAACCAGCAUGGCUACCACAGCAUUCUGCAGCGAUAAGUCAUCCCAUCUGGUUUGAGCUUAGUGGGACUAUCAUUUGUUUUUCAACAGGACAAUGACCCAACACACCUCCAGGCUGUGCAAAGGCUAUUUGACCAAGAAGGAGAGCGAUUGAGUUCUGCAUCAAAUGACCUGGCCUCCACAAUCACCCGACAUCAACCCAGUUGAGAUAGUUUGGGAUGAGUUGGACCGCAGAGGGAAAGAAACGCAGCCAUCAAGUGCUCAGCAUAUGUGGGAACUCCUUCAAGACGGUUGGAAAAGCAUUCCAGGUGAAGCUGGUUAAGAGAAUACCAUGAGUGUGCAAAGCUGUCAUCAAGGCAAAGGGUGGCUACUUUGAAGAAUCUGAAAUACAAAAUAUAUUUUUAUUUGUUUAACACUUUUUUGGUUACUCCAUGAUUCCAUAUGUGUUAUUUCAUAGUUUGUAUGUCUUCACUAUUAUUCUACAAUGUAGAAAAUAGUAAAAAUAAAGACAAACCCUUGAAUGAGUAGGUGUCUCCAAUCUUUUAUCUGGCACUGUAUAUACACAUACACACACACAAAAGUAUGUGGACACCCCUUCAAAUUAGUGGAUUCAGCUAUUUCAGCCAAACCCGUUGCUGACAGGUGUAUAAAAUUGAGCACACAGCCAGGCAAUCUCCAUAGAGAAACAUUGGCAGUAGAAUGGCCUUACUGAAAAGCUCAGUGACUUUCAACAUGGCACCGUCAGAGGAUGCCACCUUUCCAACAAGUCAGUUUGUCACAUUCGUCAACAGUACGUGCUGUUAUUGUGAAUUGGAAAUGUCUAGGAGCAACAAUGGCUCAGCUGCAAGUGGUUGGCCACACAAGCUCACAGAACAGGACUGCUGAAAUGGGUAGCGCAUAAACAUUGCCUGUCGUCGUUUGCAACACUCACUAUAGAGUUCCAAACUGUCUCUGGAAGUAACAUUGGGACAAGAACUGUUCGUCCGGAGCUUCAUGAAAUAGGUUUCCAUGGCCGAGCAGCCGCACACAAGCCUAAGAUCACCAUGCGCAAUGCCAAGCGGUGGCUGGAGUGGUGUAAAGCUCACCUCCAUUGGAGUCUAGAGCAGUGGAAACUCGUUCUCUGGAGUGAUGAAUCACACUUCACCAUCUGGCAGUCCGACGGACGAUUCUGGGUUUGGCAAAUGCCAGGAGAACGCAAGCUGCCCCAAUGCAUAGUGCCAACUGAAGAGUUUGGUGGAGGAAUAAUGGUUUGGGGCUGUUGUUCAUGGUUCGGGCUCGGCCCCUUAGUUUCAGGGAAGGGAAAUCUUAACGCUACAUCAUACAAUAACAUUCUAGAUGAUUCUAUGCUUCCAAUGUUGUGGUAACAGUUUGGGGAAGACCCUUUCCUGUUUCAGCAUGACAAUACCCCUGUGCACAAAGGCGAGGUCCAUACAGAAAUGAUUUGUGGAGAUUGGUGUGGAAGAACUUGACUGGCCUGCACAGAGCCCUGACCUCAACCCCAUUGAACACCUUUGGGAUAAAUUGGAACACCGACUGUGAGCCAGGCCUAAUCGUCCAACAUCAGUGCCUGACCUCACAAAUGUUCUUGUGGUUGAAUGGAAGCAAGUCCCCGCAGCAAUGUUCCAACAUCUAAUGGAAAGCCUUCCCAUACGAGUGAAGGCUGUUAUAGCAGCAAAAGGGGGACCAACUCCAUAUUAAUGCCCAUGAUUUAGGAAUGAGAUAUAUAUUUAUUUAGUGUUAUAUUUAUAUAUAUCCACCCGGACAGAGUCAGUGUCUACACCAAACACAGCUUUCAACUGGAAGGGAAGAGAAAUCUACUCUUGCCACACCCUCUACGGCCCUCUUGCCCAAUCACACAACACCUCAACAGCCUGACUGGCCCUCUAUUUGCACAGUGUCAGGGAGUAUUAAGGUGCUGAAGUCAAUCUUACCUCUCUCCCCACUCCUCCAAGAUCCAAUCAUCUGGAAGGUAUUGCGAGGGGCCAAAUAGAUGAGGACUUCCUGUCUCUGGGGACAUAAUUUCCUGGGGUUGAGUGAUACAGUAUGUACUAAAGACAUUCAUCUUACUCUAUUCUUACUGGCUUUCCUCCCCAAGCUUUCCAGGUCUUACCCAGUCCUUGUUUUUUUAAAUUGUUUUUUAAAAUUAUUUUUAACUUAUUCUAAAUGCUUGUGCUUGCUUCACCCUGCAGUGACGUAUCUGUGCACUUUGAAGGCAGGGGUUUAUGAAGGAUGUGUAAAGGCAUAUUAUAACACUAAUGAACACACAUUAGAUAGACCAAUCAGAAGCAGUAGAGGAAAUUACGUCAGUCAGUCAUCAUUGGCUGUACUUGCAUCACAGGUUUAUUGCUUGAAAAGGCUAAAUAAGAAAUGGAACACAUUCUCAACUUUCUUGAAUUAAGAUUACUUCUUGCCUUAUAAAACUUUGCCCAUACAUGUUUUGUUUUUGUCCAUUGCUGUUCUUCCAUUUCAUAACUUUGUGUUAUUGGAGUGAUAAUCCUGAUUUGAUAUCCAAAGGGAUGUUUGGAGUAUAACAUGGAGGCCAUUUACUGUACUGUACCCAUCAAGGCCUCUGUAUUUUAGAUAUACUGUAUUUCACUGUAUAGAUAUUAUUUUAAAAUUGUAUGUAUAAAUGUAAAAAAAAAAAAAAAAAUCUAUUUAUCUCUCACCUGAUAGUUUUCUGGAAAGCUAACCUAGUUGUGAACAAAUGGUGGCGACAGAUUAUUGUACAUAAGAUUUUUUUUUAAAUGUAAUGGUAAAGACUAGUGAAUUCAAGAUCUUAACACUGAUCUUGCACGUGUCUAUUUUUGAUUAUCUAAUUAUGCACAUUCCUCAUGUUCAAGGAGCAUAUUAAUUGUGAGGAAUCAUUUUUGAGGAAUCCAAGUUCACUAGGGGUUAGCAGAAAGGAACCAGCUAAUAGUGCCAGGAGUUUUCCCUGGUCAAGUCACAUCAAGCUCGAAGGACCUUGAAAACCACGCCACCAUGAAUAAGGUUGUCAGGGAUUUGUACACAGCCAUAACUCCGGGCCCAACCAGAGAUUAGUUUGAUGUUAUGAACUUGGGGAGAACGAUGAAACCAUUAUAAUGACUAUUUUGUGGCAUAGUAAAGAAAGCUCUUAUUUUUUGUAUGAACCACUGAUCAAUUUGAUUAGACGGAGUGUACUUUUCAGUGAGUGUCCAAAGCUGAGUGAUUGAAGAAUGUGAGCGAGAGAAUUUGGCAAUGCAACAUUUUGCAUAUGAAAAGGACUUUCAGGGCCCCAAUUUGCAAAAGUAGGACUGUCAUAUUUAAUGUAAUUAUACAUUGGCCACUAUCAUAGUGGUCAGGUUUGAAAAUGUAAUCAUAUUCUACUUUAAAUCACUGGAACCUGUUUUUAUUUUCCCCUGUAAACUUCAAUUGCACACCUGAGCCAAUCGUAUUGUUGGAAUCAAGAAGGUAGUAUUUUAUUGAAACCGGAGAACAACAUCCACCUGUUUAGGUUUUAUUAUGUUCCUCUCCUCUCCACACACAAUGUUUAGCACUCGGGGAGAAAAGUUUAUAAUUUACUGUAACCUUUAGAAGUUUUCACGUUAUUAUUAUAUUGUAUGCUCCUUCCUGUCUGUAAGGUUUUAGUGAUCCUCAAAAUAACAUUUUUUUCUCCUUGCAGUGGUGUAGGAGUCCAUGAUGAACUAUUCAUUAUUAUUGUCUAACAUGUCUAUGCGUAAAUAGUUUGUUGUUUUGUUAUUUUCAAUCCCCCUCCAUCUUAAAUGUGUGAAUGGGGUUUGUCUAUAUGUAACAUUCAGUCAUGUUCAACACUACAGCUUAAAAGUUUGCGUUCAAUUUUGUUGUAAAAUAUGAAUAAGAACAUAAUGGGAAGUUUCUGGACCAGAGAUGUGAGUUAAAUAAUUGCCCCCCUUAUGCUGUUCAAUCACAAUGUUUAGAGCGAUGAGAAGUUUACCGUAUGAUUUAACCCUAUCUAUUCCGAAAAACUAUAGCAGUGACAAGUUAUAGCGCCAUAUCCUACAUUUUAAUUAAAGUUCCAAGUUCACCAUGGAAUGUCUGUCUGCAUGACACAGAGACCAAGCACACAUCGGCAUCAGAUUCAAGCACAAAAGGGAUCGUUUUUUUUGGGGGGGGGGGGGGUGGACAUUUCAGGGAACAAUAGUUGGCUACUCUGACAACCGAGUGGAUAAUUCUCCCCAUGUUGUGUAUGUUUUUGCUUGUCAUUACUACUAACUGCAAUUAAUCUACCACUGGGAGGUCAUUAAGGGCUUCCUCUUCUCUCGGCUCUUUCCAAAAUACUUUUUGACACUAUGCAAUCAAUGGCCGUGCAGUUUAACCCCAAUGUUUACACAGCCAGGGGGAAAUUCAUGUUGCUUAUACAUUUUGUAAUAAAUUUACACAAAGAGGACUUCAAUUUGAUGUGUGGUAUUGUACAUAUAGCACUGCACAUAUCUCAUCUGAGUUGUUCAAUCAAUAUUUUGUGUAUGCACUCUUGGUAUGCUGUGUAUAUAAAUUAUUUGGUUAAUAAUAAUCUCAAUUAAAGGCGGGGCUGUUCUUCCUGA